AUGGCUCGCUUCAGUCUCUCAUUCAUCUCCGUUUUCCUCGUUCUCGCGGUCCUUGCUCUCUCCAUGCCCGCUAAGCGUGAUGGGCAAGCUCCCAGCCAACCGCUCAGACUCGAUGGUGUUGUUAAUAAAUUGACGCAUGCCACUCGGUCGACGGAUGAAGACGACAAGGAUAUCAACGAAAAGCAGAAACAGAUGGCCAAGAUCGCUUCGAAGCUGGCUGAAAAGGCCGGCACUGGGAGCGAGCCUACUCCUUCUGCUACCCCUACCAGCGAGCAUAAGGCUAAGUUUACCGGCAUGGGCAAGAUUCCCGUGAUCGGUGGUGUUAUCGGUGAUACCCUCUGA